GUAUACAUUUUUCCAUUAAUUAACAGUCUUUACUUUUGUUUGAGAUUUUUUUGAAGUACUUCUGCAACAAAGUUAAAAAAAAAAACAAAAAUAAAAAGGAAUUUGGAGUGUCAGUUUUUUAUAAUGGAACAGCAGAUGGGGUCGCUCCCGCAGCUUUCUAUAUUAAAAGGGCCAACAAGGCCCUUACAGCCCACCUCGAUAAAUAAUUUGUUCGAAAAGGUCGCUUCUGGUAAUCUGAAGAGUAAUACUGCAUUGAUUUUCAAAGGUAUAGACAUGGAAAAUGCGUUUUUUUUAAAAUUAAUAUUUAUAAUAAUAUUUUUAGAUAAUGAGCAAACCAGAAAACAUACAUUUGAGCAAAUAAAUAAGUUAUCAAACAAAAUUGCCAGGACCAUUCAGCAAAGCAUCGUUGAAAAUAAAUUAGUUAAAAAUCAAGAUGGGGAUUAUAUUGUGGCUGUAAAUAUGCAUCCAAGUGACAAUUUGGUAAUAACUCUUCUUUCCAUAUGGAAAGCUGGAUGUGCCUAUUUGCCCUUGGAUCAUGCAUUUCCUGGACCCAGGAUCGAGCAUAUCAUUAGAGAAGCAAAGCCUGUGAUGGUCAUUUAUGAUGAAGAUUCAAAAUUCUACCUGAACACUUUCAAACAGUCAUUCGACGAAAUCAUCCAACGCAGCGCCAACCAACCGGACACUUCGUUAACAUCGCAGGAAAAACUGCGUCACACGAAAGAUGACUUGGCCAUUGUAAUGUACACCUCGGGCAGUACCGGCGUACCAAAAGGAGUGAGACUACCACACAAAGUGAUCCAAAACAGACUUCAGUGGCAAUUCAAAAAGUUUCCCUACAGUCCUACGGAAAAAGUUUGCGUGUUUAAAACCGCCCUGACGUUUGUCGAUAGUGUAUCGGAGAUUUGGGGACCUCUCGUUAACGGUAUUGCCGUUUUGGUGGUACCGAAAAAUUUAACCAAAGAUCCUGAAAAGUUGGUCAAUUUGAUCGAUGAAUAUCAGAUUGAACGACUUAUAGUAGUACCAUCACUCUUAAGAAGCAUAUUACUAUACCUGGGUUUACAGGGUAACAAAACCGCUCUUUCAUCACUAAAAACGUGGAUAUGCUCCGGAGAAACUUUAGUAUCAUCCCUUGUCGAUGAAUUUUUCAACUACUUCAGCUCAAAUACACAUAAAUUGUGUAAUUUUUAUGGUAGUACUGAAAUCAUGGGGGAUGUCACCUAUCAUGUUAUAGAAAACGCCGAUCAGGCCAAAAGUUAUCGGAAAAUACCAAUAGGUCUUCCUUUGGAUAACACAAUGAUCUACUUGCUGGACAAAGAGUUUCGACCGGUUAAAGCAGGAGACGUGGGUGAACUUUUUGUAGCAGGUCUAAAUCUUGCCGCCGGAUACGUAAAUGGACGGGAUCCGGAAAAGUUCGUGGAAAAUCCCCUGGCAAUUGACCCGACGUACUCGAAACUUUAUCGCACCGGAGACUAUGCCAAGAUUGAAAAGGGAACUUUGCUUUAUGAGGGCAGAACUGAUUCCCAAAUUAAGAUUAGGGGACAUAGGGUGGAUAUGUCCGAGGUGGAGAAGGCACUUAAUUCAUUGGAAGCGAUCGAGAAGGCAGUGGUCUUAUGCUACAAACCAGGUGAAAUCAAUCAAGCCCUACUAGCAUUCGUCACAACCAAAGAACUAAUGAGCGAACAUCAAAUUGAAACUCUGCUUGGAGACAAAUUGACCAACUACAUGAUUCCACAAGUGGUUUUAGUAGAAAACAUUCCACUGUUGGUAAAUGGAAAAGUUGAUAGACAAGAGCUGUUAAAAAUGUAUGAAAACACCAAUAAUAAUGAUGAUUCAGAAUUGGAAACUGAAAUAAGUUAUGAGGGUGUACCUGCUCAUCAACAAAAAGCUGCCCAUGACCUUUUUGAAACUGUCGCAGCUGUACUGGGUCGUUCAGCAAGAAAUGUGAUAUCAGUGAAUACCAAUUUUUAUGAAAUCGGUGGCAAUUCCCUUAAUUCUAUUUUUACCAUCUCAAGGUUAACUGAGAAGGGUUAUCACAUAAAUAUUGGAGACUUCAUAUCAGCUAUUGACUUUGGAGAAAUACUACAGAGGAUGACUGAGGAUACCAUUAUAACGAAACAACCCCCUAGUUUUACCGCUGAACUAUUAAGAUCUGAACAUAAAAAAGUCGUUUCAGAUAUGAUUACUACAAGUUUUUACGAAAAAGCUGACCUAGAACGCUGGAUAAUCUCUGAAAUAUCAAUAAAAGACUACGAGGAUAUCAUCAAUGCUAUUUGGGAACCUCUAGUAGAAAAAGGCUUUAGUUUCAUAGCUCGUAAUGAAACUGGAAAAAUCUGCGGAGUUUCAUUAAAUUUUGAUGCGCAUGACGAGCCAGAAGUGGAAAUUACCAGUAAAUUGACUGUAGUAUUUGAUUUUCUGGAAAGUAUUGAAGGGCCUAUAAGAGAUAAUCAAUUGCCAACGGGUAAAGGGAAAAUAGUUCAUUCGUUCAUGAUGGCUACACAUUCGUCUUUGACUCCCAAGGAGAAUGUGGCGGUGAUGCAGUUUAUGGAGAGUGAAAUUUUAAAAUUGGCGAGACAGAGAGGAUUUAUUGGUGUUAUGACCACUAAUACCAGUCCUUUAACUCAACAAUUGGGCUCCGACGUCUACAAAUACAAAUGCCUUCUAGAUUACCAAGUGAACCAAUAUAUAGCACGUGAUGGUACCAAACCCUUUGGUCUUGCCCCCGAUGACCAAAGAGCCAUUGUACACUACAAACCAUUAAAUUAAUUUAAUAUUAAUAAUUUAUUUAAAAAAAAGUGCAAUAAUUAGAUUUAAGUACCCUUGUAAAUGUGAUAAAGAGUCUUUGAGAAUUCCUAAAUUAAAUUAUCACAAAAUAACAGCACAAAGGUGUGGUGGUUACAAAUAGUAUUUAUGUGUAUAUUUAUUUAUUUAAAUAUGUUUUGUAAUAUAGUAAGUAAUGUUCUGAUGCACAGAAAAGACAAAAAUCAGUAUUUAUAUAUAGAAUUUGUAUCGAUUUUGAUGAAAAUACAUUUAUCAGUAUUCUAUGA